UCCACAAGGAAAAGUAGACAAUUUUUAUUUUUAUUUUUUUUUUGAUUAGGAAAUUAAGUUAGCCCAAGAGCUAACCCCUACCAGGCUACUAGCCUGUAGGAACUACCAACACAUUGGCUAGUAAGGCAUGCAUAGCAUGCUAAGGAAAUACCGCAGCAUAAUGCUGGGAGUAAGGAUCGAACCCCUGACCUCAAGGGCCAAGGGGGAGCGCUCUACCCACUUGAGCUAGCUCCUAUCCUUAGGAAAAGUAGACAAUAAUGUCAUAUAAGAUAAUAGGUCGUACAUUUUUUUUUUUUUUUUUUUUUUGAGAUUAUACCACCAAGCCAAUUUCACGUGUUUCGUGAUCUCAUUCUUCGGCUGUAUCACAUGACCCAUCAAUGAAAGUGUAGCUCCUUAUAAACUUUGUGCUACCAGUCCCAUGGUUCAGUUCGACAAUAGCUCUAAUACAACUAUCAACAAACCAAAAAGAAAAAAUUAAAAGGAGAUUCGAGAAAUAAUGAGCUUCAGCGUGAAAGAAUCCAUAAUGGUGUGUCCGGCAGUGGAAACUCCAAAACAUGCUGUUUGGCUCUCAUGCCUAGACUUAUUGUUUCCCACGCCUUAUUUACACACCGCUAGUUUCUUCAUCUACAGUCCACAAGAGGUGAAUAAUGCAUCAAAAAGUUUUGACACGCAAAUUUUGAAGGAGUCUCUAGGUACAGUUUUAGUGCCAUUUUAUCCAUUAGCGGGGAGAUUAAAGAAGAAUGAGGAAAAUAAUCGAUUUGAGAUCGAUUGCAAUGCGGCAGGCGUCUCGUUUGAAGAGGUUGAAACAACGCACGUUCUUGCUGAUUUUGGUGACUUUAAGCCCAAUACUGAACUUCGCAAGUUGGUCUUACCUGUGUGCGACUACUCGGGUGGUCUCUCGUUGUUCCCCCUACUAAUGUUACGAGUCACCCGGUUCAAGUGUGGGGGUGUUUCAAUUGGCUUAGGUACUCAUCAUUAUGUGACUGAUGGAAUUGGAUAUGCAUACUUCAUUAACUCAUGGGCAAGACUUGCUAGGGGGUUUGAACUCAAUGUUCAACCUUUCCAUGCCCGGGCUGUCUACCUAGCUCCGCGUGACCCACCUCAGGUUAGCUUCCAGCAUUUGGAGUACGAGCCAGCUAUACCACCCAAGGGAAAUCAAUGUGAAAUGUCAAGGGAAUGCCUCUUCAAACUUUCUAAAGAUCAAGUAGAUACCCUAAAAGUAAAAGCAACAUUCCCAUCCCAAGAAGUAGAAAGCUACAAGCUAAGUACAUAUGAGAUUCUAGCCGGGCAUGUGUGGAGGUGUGCAUCCAAAGCACGCGGGUUAAUUGACGAUCAAUGUGUGAAGCUCCAUAUACCAAUUGAUGGACGAUCAAGAUUACGAGAUCCCACAAUACCGCAAGAAUACUUUGGUAAUGUAGUUUUCUUCACAGCUUGUACUGCAAAAGCAAGUGAUAUCACUAGCAAGCCACUAUGGUAUGCUGCGAAUAAAGUUCACGAGGCGCUACAAAAGGUGGAGAAAACAGAGUACUUAAGAUCAGCAAUUGAUUAUCUAGAAAUGCAAUCUGAUAUAACCAAUCUUGUACGUGUCGCUUGUGAUGAGAACAAUCCAUACUUGUCAAUAAACUCUUGGGGUAGGAUUCCCUUUUAUGAAGCUGAUUUUGGGUGGGGAAAACCCAAGUUUGUAGGUCAUGGCGGUAUUAAAGUACAGGGGCAAGCAUUCUUCCUUGCAAGCCCAAGCAAGGAUGGCAACUUUUCACUAUGCAUUAAUCUUUCUACACUUCACAUGCCCUUAUUUGAAAAUUACUUGUAUGACAUAUGAUGUCUUGCCAGCCAGCUAUUAAAUUUCAUUAUUUUCUGUAAUUUCUAUUGAGUGAAGUAAUUCAAAGUUACUGUUAUAGUUUAAUUAAGUGCAUAAUAAUUGGUGGAUAGUCUAAUAUUUCACCUUCUUAGUCUCUUCAUGAGUUUAAGUCUUUUGAUUUUCUUUAUAGUUACAUGUAAUAAUGUUGCUAUAUAUACCUUCUCUAAGUUUGAGAAAUAAAAGUGAGAAAGUUUUUUCCCUCCA